UUGCAUCGUUUGGAAAUUCCCAAUUAUUAUUCGCCUGGAAUUUCUUAAUUUUUCGUCGUUGUGGAGGAUUGAAUGUCCUUCACUAAAAAUUUUAACGGAAAUUUUCCAACUAUGCAUGAUUAUUCAUCUCCAAAUGAUCAAUUCACACCCCUUCCAGCUGAUCGAUUCCAUCUACAACCCCCACACAACAGUAAACGAAACAAAUAAGUACCAAUCUAAACAUAUACAUCCACCAAAAGUCACGCUCACAUGCUCCAACAGCAUCCCAAAAUCGUCGUUAAACUCAAUCAAAACAAUCCAAAUAACUGAUACCACUGUAUCUACCACAAUGAAAACUAUACCCGUCUGUUCCCGUCGACGUCGAUAUUGUCUCGACGGCUCGCAAGCCGGCUCGACGCCAAAAUCAGCUCAGUUGCUUUCCGGUCGGUGUUUUAUAAAUACUGCAGACAGACGGAGAGUGCACCGUACAGAGGGAGCAUCGUUCAAAGCCCCUAUCGUUAUGUCGAGAGCAAUUAUCUGAAUGAAUGUCGUAAAUAAAAUAAAGUGAAAUAAUCUCAGUGAAGAUUGAAUUUAUUUUCACAACUUAAUCCCCAACUUUGCACUUGGAUAAACCGACUUCACCAGAACUUUCAUAAAUAUGUGAUUGUGUCAACAUUUUCCGAUUGCUCUACAUUGCUUAAUUACCCCGGGACAACCAGUGGUAAUAAUCGUCAAGAAUAAUUCGUGUCGAAAGCUGAAUAAUGUGAACUUCAAGAAAUAAAUCAAAAUUAUUUUUAUUGGCUUCAAUUCAGAAUUUGAAAGUGGAAUAAACGAGAGGACAAAGCCACCGAGAGGGCGAAGACACUGGGACAUCACUCAGCCACGAGCCGCGACGAUGACUCGAUCAUCGGAGCGUUAAUUCUCUUGAUCCUGGAGUGCGGUGCCCUUUGGCAUUCAUUCAAAAAUUCAGCACAGAGACGAUGAUCGCAGAAUGACGGGGCUUGUUGACAAAAAAAAGUGAGAUAAUUCAAACUUCCCGGAAGAAAGUUCAAAGAAACCAAAUCCACAAGAAUGAGUAAUCUGUCCAAGAAAUCCAUCAGCGGAUCCAUCCACAGAAUCCGUGAAUUUGAAUUGGAAAAGGUCAAUCUUGCCGAGGAGUUUGAUAUACUUCAGAUUGUUGGUGAAGGAUGGUUUGGGAAGAUACUGCUGACCGAGCACAAGAGCACACAGACAGAAAUGGUGUUAAAAGCAUUGCCAAAAGCUUACACAGCUAUCACCGAUUUCUAUCGAGAGUUUCAUUAUGGCUUACAUCUGUCAGCUCAUCGAAACAUCAUCACUACGUACGAUGUUGCCUUUGAAACGGCUGGAUUCUACGUUUUCAGUCAGGAAUAUGCGCCCCUCGGUGAUCUAACUGCUAAUGUUUCUGAGACUGGUCUUGGUGAGCUCCAUGCGAAACGAGUUGCGAGGCAGCUGGCGGCUGCUAUUCAUCAUAUACACAGUCGUGAACUUGUUCAUCGGGAUAUUAAACUCGAUAAUGUGCUUGUGUUCAAAAGUGACUUCUCAAGGAUCAAAUUGUGCGACUUUGGGGAGACAAGGAAGGUCAAUACUAUCGUUAGGAGACAUAAUGAAUGGCUGCCUUAUUCACCUCCUGAAGUGCUGAGAGUUGAGCCGGAAGAGAAUUACAAAGCCCUGAUAGCCCACGAUGUAUGGCAAUUCGGAAUUGUUCUGUUUGUUUGUCUAACCGGAUGUUUGCCAUGGCAGAAAGCUGCCCUGGACGAUAGAAGAUACACCAGGUACCUGAAUUGGCACUCAGCCACACUGAAAAUUGCGAAGAAACCAAAGUUGUUUCAGCUCAUCAGUUCGAGGGCACAAACGAUGUUCUCCAGACUGCUGGAGCCAAAAUUGGAAAAACGGCCAGUGAGUGUUCUGGAGGUCAACAAAUACGUUGAUGACCGGUGGCUCGGAAAAUUGGGUGCUGAGAAAGCAUUGAACGGUGGCGCAGACGAGAGAGACGAGCUCUGUCCCUCCAUGUACAGUUUCCAUAGUUCCCUAGAGGAGAAGAAUCAACUCCUCUACACCCUGACCCGCUAUGGAAUCGAGACUACAGUGGACCGAGCCAAAAAGAAAGACAGAAUUCGCGAGUGGAUCCAGGCAAGUGCCAUCGCAGAAGAGAACGAGGACGACGACUCAAUUCUCGAAGAGCUAGAGAAACUCCACGAGAACUCGGAAGACGACGAGGCGAACAUGAAAGGCAGGCACUUCCCCGAGAGGCGGCCCAGCGUGAAGAGCUCAACACCAGACAGACCGAUCACAAGUGCCCAGGUGAAACCAAAGGAGAAAAAUGGAAGUUUGGAGAAACGACACAGAAAGUCCAAAUCCACACAUCGACCUUCCCUGAAGAACAUAGAGAGGCGAAACCCUUUCGCUCCUCAAGUAGCCAGGGAGAUGCAGACGAUCGCAAGAUUCUCGAGUUUUCCAAACGGAGAUCCCAACUUUGGCAUCAACACCAGCCACUCCUUGCCAUCAUUGCCAACAGGCUUGAAAGGAGAAGAUCUGCAGCCGCUUAGACACUCAGGACCUCUGGGAUCCAUUGCUCCAGUCCAGAAGGCAGCAUCAGUGACUCAAAUUGUCACAAACGAUGAUCAGCAGCUUGAUCGAACCCCGUCAGUAUCGAACAGAGGCACAAGUGCCUCAAACUCCUAUGACAAUAUUCCCACUCCCAUCAAUUCCACCCCAGAGUCCUCAAGGAUUGAGAUAAACGGAAGCAAAUCACCCCCACAAGCUGACGAAGCUGUCAAUAAUUAUCAUCAGAAUGUCCCCCAGAGUCCCCUGCCUCCAACGAGGAGGAACAAGGGACAAUCCCCUGCGCAAGCAGCUUCGCAAAGUCCCAGAAUGUCUCCCCACGUCGAGAAGAACAUCGGUGGGAGUAAAAAUACUUCCAAUCAGGCUCUUCCGAUGUCUCUAUUCGCUGGACAAUUAGUCAUGCAGAGCUUCAAGACAAUUCAGGGUGUGACUCAGCACGCAUCCAAGCCAGUCGCUUCUAGUUAUAAUAAGAAGGAGAGUGAGAGGAAUGAGGGACACGGGGCAGUAUACGGAAAAGACGCUUAUGAACAUUAUGGGGUGGCUCAAGGGGCCAUCAUCAGGCCCCAGUUCAGCAGGAAUAGAGGUUCUCCAGGGAGUAGCCGAUCUGUUAGCAAUUGAUUUUCAUUUUCGAUCGUAAUUCGAGGAAGAUUAUUCGAUGUGGGACCAGACAGUGAUGAUUCAAGUUAAUUCGUGAUUUUUUAAUUGAAAUGCCAACUUUGAUGAAAAUUGGGGUAAUAUUAUUUGUGGGGUAUUAUUUGUGGGGUAGUCGGUAUUUUCAAUUGUUAAAAGUAAAUGUAAAGUUUUAUUUUAGUCGAUUUUCACGGAGUGAGUUAUUAAAAUUGUUUUGAAAAGAA